CUCAUUCCCUACCACAACCAGAACCCUAUCCUUUCAUCCCCUAAUCUUCCUCUCCUUUCCCUUCUUCUUCUCCAAUUUCAAAAAUCCUAUAAGAAAGAACCAAAACCUCCAUCUACUAAUAAGAAGAAUAACGUGGGUAUUUAAAUCUUUCUUCAUUUGGUUCUAAUUUUCUUUUCUUUAUUGGUAGAUUAGAUUGUUUUUACAAGAACCUUAAGAUGAAAACAAGAGAUUUAUGUAUUAUGUUUGCCAGAAUCGGUCGACCUAGUCUUCUUCGUGGUCGACCGGAUCCGAGGUCGACCUGUGAUGUUACACGUUAGCUUCGACCAUUCUCGUUUUUUAUGAACUGAGGUCGACCUGUGAUAUUUUUGAGGUCAACCUAUGAUGUUUUGCACUCCAAAUAUUACGUGUUUGCUUUGAUCCAUUCUCGUUUUUAAUGAAUUGAGGUCGACCUGUGAUGUUUUGCACUCCAAAUAUUACGCAUUUACUUCGAUCCAUUCUCAUUUUUUAUGAACGGAGGUCGACCUCAGAUGUCUCUAAGGUCGACCUAUUAUAGUUUUUGACCAGCUGAGGUUGACCUAUGAUGUUUCUGAGGUCGACUUAUGGCGCUUUGCACUCCAAAUGUUACGCGUUUGCUUCAACCAAUCUCGUUUUUAAUGAAUUGAGGUCGACUUGUGAUGUUCAUGAGGUUGACCUAUGAUGUUUUGCACUCCAAAUAUUAGGCGUUUGCUUCAAUCUAUUCUCGUUUUUUAUGAAUUGAGGUUGACCUCAGAUGCCUCUAAGGUCGACCUAUUCUAGUUUUUGAUCAGCUGAGGUCGAUCUAUGACAUUUUGCGCUCCAAAUGUUACGCGUUUGCUUCCAUCCAUUCUCGUUUUUAUGAACUGAGGUCGGCCUGUGAUGUUCUUGAGGUCGACCUAUUCUAUUUUUCACUCCAAAUGUUAUGCAUUUACUUUGAUCCAUUAUGAACUGAGGUCGACCUAUGAUGUUUCUAAGUUCGACCUAUUCUAGUUUUUGAUCAACUGAGGUCGACCUAUGAUGUUUUUUUAUGAGUCUUGGCCUUCUUCUUCGACCAAGUUUGUGCUUGAUUAACUAAGGUCGACCUAUGAUGUUUUUGACUCCAAAUGUUACGAGUCUUGGCCUUCUUCUUCGACAAAUUUUGUGCUUGAUUAACUGAGAUCGACGUGUGAGGUUCUUGAGGUCGACCUAUGAUGUUUUGCAUUCCAAAUGUUAUGCAUUUGCGUCGAUCCAUUGUCAUUUUUUAUUAAACCGAGGUCGACCUAUUCUGUUUUUGAGGUCGACCUAUGAUGGUUGCACUCCCAUUUUUGCCUUCUUCGACCCAUAUUUGUGUUUGAUUUACUGAGUUCGACCUAUGGUUUUUAUUAGGUCGACCUAUGAUGUUUUUUAGGUCGACCUAUUUAAGUUUUUGUAUCGUAGAUUUACGUAAAUGUUUGGGGUUAUUAAUUCUGCUUGCAAACAGAGUUUGACCGAUGAUGUGUAGAGGUCGACCUAUCAUUGUUUUGUUUUGUCUAUGCAUGUAGUGUAUAGGUCGACUUGUUUAUGGAGAGGUCGACCGAGUCUUGUUCGUUUCAAAAAUGUGCCUAACGUGAAUUAUCGCUUGUUUGAUUUCAGGAUGUUUCAAGGGACAAAGAAAAGAAAGUCAGACAAAGGGGCUGCCUCAAAUUCUCAUUGGGAUGACUUCAACCCCACACCGUUCCAGACCAAGGAGCAAAGUGACAAAUAUGAAGAGAGGAGAAUGCACAACCGCAAGGUGGCUCCUGGAAGGCCAUUGACGACGGAUGCGUAUUCUCAUUUCGAGAAUUACGGGUUUCUAGCACCCUUUGUCGAACAAGAGCGGUUGAAGGUAAUAUCUCUGAAUGCACCAUACUACCCAAAACUGGUACAGUACUUCUACAACAACAUCGUCUAUCAACAUAAUGCAAAUGGAUCCAUUCAUGCAUUUCAAAGCUAUGUGAAUGGGAUGGAGAAGCGCAUCAGCAAGAAUGUGUUGGCAGAAGUACUUGAGACUCCAAACUGGGGGAAGAGAAUCAAUUCUUACAAUGCUUGGAAUGAAACUCGUUUCUCGAGAACCAAGCAAAUCCAGACGGUAUGUGGUCUUGCUGAAGGGGAAGAUGCUCAGGAUUGCAAUAGGCCAAAGAGUAACAAGCUGACAGUUCAAGCCAGAGUUAUUCACCACAUGCUUUCCUACAACAUUCUGCCAGAGGGUGGACAUUGGGAGACAGUCACCUACUUUGACAUGGAGCUCCUCACCAGCCUACUGUUAGAUGAGAAGGUGAACUUGCCAUACUUGAUCUUUAACGACAUGCUUACUGCUGCAGAGAGUUCAAACAGGAAUCUUCCCUAUGGGAUGAUCCUGACUUUGCUAUUUGAGCAUUUUAAUGUGGAUUUAAGUGGUGAGGUUGGCUUAAGAAUCUCAAGGCAAGAGUUCUAUACAAUUUCAUCUCUGAAAAAGAUGGGCUUUGAGUUGCGUAAUGGUGAGUAUGUCCAAAUAAACAAUGCUCAUGGUGUCCAUGGCGGUGAUGAUGAUGAGGAUGAUGAUGGUGAUUCUAAUGAAGGAGUUGGAGACGAGCCAAUGCCGCAGGCACAUAGUUCAACUCCAUGGUCACCUUAGAGCGUGUGUGGGAGCGCAUUGAUGGCAUGUACGAAUACAUGGGCCAGAUGUCCACCCAGAUGACUGGCAUGUACAACUACAUGGAGCAAAUGACCACCCAGAUGAGCACACUGCAGGUGACCGUGAAUGGGUUGUAAGAUAAGUUUUGAUCUUUCAGUGGAAGAUACAUGCAUCCCACCACAUCCGACCACCAUAAUGCUAGCAAUAACAAUGAAGAAAAUGUGGAUGAGGGAGAGAGGGUAAAGGAGUAGGAACUCGAUGAUUUUAGAUUGUGUGUUUUUAUUGUUAAGUGAUAAAAACGAUUGUUGAUUGUUAUUCUAUGGUUUUAGCUUUUAGUUAUGUGUGAACAAUUAUGAUUUUGUGUUUUAUUGUAUUUCUUGUUCAUUUGUUUAGUUGUUAUAUUAUGAAGUUAUGAGUCCAUGUUAUCAUUAUUUAUGACCGAUUCUGUUGGUUUGAAGCAUAAUUUGUACGAGCAAAAUAACCACCAAAAUAGACAUAAAUAAGCAAAAAAGGACGCAAGGCAUAGGUUGAUUUACCUAUAUUCAGUCGACCUAGUACAUGAUUAUGUCGACCACGAAACCAACAUGAUCUUCAUUUUACGUCAAAUAUGAUGGAUAAAUGGAUACAACACUUUUGUUCAAUCUGGUCGGCCUCUUUCUGUAAAUGGUCGACCAUUUUGUUAAUGACCUCCAUCAAGUGGUCGACCAUGUUGCUUCUAACGCCAACAAAAAGGGAGACCGAGGUUUUAUUGUGGUCGACCAUGUUGCUUCUGACGCCAACGAAAAGGGCGACCGAGGUUUAUUUGUGGUCGACCAUUAAUAACAACUUAAACUACAAACGGUCGACCAUAUGAUCUUUGAGACCGACCGCGAUGAGUCCUCAGGGUGCCCAAAUUAGUCAAUUCGGUCGACCUCUGUUAGGAUUAGGUCGACCGAAAUGUCCAUGUUACGGUGACAUGCAUGUCACCAUAGGCACACCCAUAGGGUUAAUAUUCUGGUUUGGGUCGAACUAUUCUCGUCUAUAACAUCGUUGUUUUCAAUGUAGAACAUCGUUGUUUGAACUAAUUCUAAACUCUAUUUAAUUGGCCAAACCCAAAAGUUGACCGUUAUGUUGGAUGGUCUAAACAGUUGACUAACGGUUCUCUCUAGUCAACUUAAAUAAACUUAAAAAUUCUUA